AAAUGCGUGGGUGCAGCACACCACUGCCGCAUUAUCCCCGUGCCGUCCAAACGCUCCUUCCUCCGUUUUAUACAAAGCUCAGCAGCAGCGGCAGCAGAAAAUGUCAACAACCACACGAACAAAUUAAUUAAACCACUCGAUCGUCUCCCUCGCCGCCGGCGACGACGACAUGGACCACCACCACCACCAGCAGCAGCAGCAACAGAUGCGGCGCCCGACGACGGCGGAGCAGCAGCAGCAGGAGGACGAGUACGAGGACCUGAUGCCGGUGAUGGCCGGGCGGCUGGGCACGGAGGGCCUGCUGUCGGAGCUCCGCGCGGGGUUCCGCCUCCUGGCCGACCCGGUGCGGGGCGCCAUCACCGCCGAGAGCCUGCGGCGGAGCGCGGCGGGCGUGCUGGGCGGCGCCGGGAUGACGGCGGAGGAGGCGGCGGCCAUGGUGCGGGAGGGCGACCACGACGGCGACGGCGCGCUGAGCGAGGCGGAGUUCUGCGUGCUGAUGGUGCGGCUCAGCCCCGGCAUGAUGGGCGACGCCGAGGGGUGGCUGGAGGAGGCCAUCGCCGAGGAGCUCCUCCGCCGCUCGCCGCCGGCCUAGGCCGGCGGCCAUCUCUUCCUUGCAUAUAUACGUAGUGGGUACAAAUUAAUUAAUCCUGCGCCGCGAGGUUAAUUACGGUGUGAUUAAUUGCCGUGGCGAUCGACGUAUAUGUAUGUGCCCAGCAAUACUGAUGAUGAUCGCAGUGCAUCGAUGCAUGUAUUUGUAACGUUGUUUCGUUGGUAAAA